CAUUUUGAUUAUCAUUAAGUAAUGAAGAGAAAACAUUAAUAUUUAUUUUAAUGGUCACAUGCUUGAGAAGUAAGUUCCCCAGUGUUAAUAUUAAUAGACCCCCCAAACUUAAAAGCCAAUGGCCACCUCCCCCAAGCAAUGGCUGUCGUUAGGGUGGGCAAGACUACAAAAGCUUACAAAUGCUUUAAAUGCACCAUUAAUGGCAGAGCCUGAUGGAGGAGUGUCUACUUCUGCCCUUCUCUCUCUCCUCCUCCUCUCUCUCUAUUUGGAAACUGUGCUCUUCCCCACAACCCACCCCAAAAACAACACACCUUCUUCUUCUUCUUCUUCUUCUUCUUCUUCAGAAAGGAGCACAUGUGUGGAGUGCCUUGAAGGUAUGUAUAAGAACCAGCUGCAAGAGCUAGCACAGAGAAGUUGCUUUAACUUGCCAUCCUAUGCAUGCAUAAGAGAAGGUCCAGACCAUGCACCUAGGUUCAAGGCUUCUGUUAAUUUUAAUGGUGAGAUAUUUGAAGGGCCAAGCAACUGCACCACGUUGAGACAGGCUGAGCAUGCUGCUGCUGAGGUUGCUCUUCAGAAUCUCUCCGCCAGAGGCCCUUCUAGGACACUUACUGCUAGAGUUCUUGAUGAGACUGGGGUGUAUAAAAAUCUCUUGCAGGAGACUGCUCAUAGAGCUGGGUUGAAGUUGCCAGUGUAUACUACUGUAAGGUCAGGGCCUGGGCAUCAACCUGUGUUCACUUGUAACGUGGAACUUGCUGGUAUGAGCUUCAAUGGAGAACCUGCAAAGACAAAGAAGCAAGCUGAGAAGAAUGCUGCCAUGGCUGCUUGGUCUGCUCUUAAGCAAAUGCCAAAUUUGGAGUCUUUGUCACGGCAGGCAAAGGAGAGUGAGAACAGUGAGGAGCAGGAGCAGGUGGUUGUGGCAAGAGUGCUCUCCAGUUUUAGACCCAAAGAGGAGAGCAGCAGAGCGCUGAGACACAGAGAGCAGCUGCUGCAGAGGAGAGCUUCUGGCUCUUCAAACAGCUCAUUUUGGUAUCGAAAGCAUCGAGGUUCCAUGGAUUCUUUGGUCGAAGCUCCAUCUCCAUCUCCAUCUACUCCAAUGCAUCAGGCUCAGAAAGAAAGCUAUCUUACAGGCUCCAAGAUAUUACUAACAAUGCCAACGAGUGCAAGUUCCCCGGAGACAUCCUCUUCAAAGGAGAAGACCAGCAUCAGCCAAGGUUUCCAUUCAUCAAGUAGGUACCUUCCAGUAGAGAUCAGAAGUUCAUCACAGGCUCCAUUGGAGAAUCAUUGGAUGGAUGAAUGCAAUUCAAAAAUUACACCUUUACCUCCCCACUGCAGAGCAUUUCCCUUGCAAACUCAAAUCAAUACUAAGCCUUUCAGUCCCAUUCCUCAUCCUUGUGCUUCAGCUGGAGCAAGUUCUAUGCCUGCAAUGCCAAGGAGAAUCAGUGCAGGAGGAUACCAUGCUGCUGCUCAAGGUCUUGCCCCUAUGGUGCAUAUUCGAACAGUGAUCCCGGUCUGCGCCACUCCACCAAUGAGGCUGCCAGCAAGCAAUGCAACAGUACACAAGCAAGAGCAAGAUGAUGAAGUCUCAGCAGCCACCUCAAAGCUCACUAAUCUCCAGCUUUGAAGGGAAGGAGCACAAGAUCAUCUGCAUAUAUAAUAGUGAUCUUCAUCCAUUUCAGUUCCCAUAAUGUUCAGAUAUGCAAAUUUUGCUAGUUUUUCUGGUUUUUCAUGACAAACUCUUUGCUUUUGCUUGAAACCAUGGAAUUGGUUAUAGUGAACAUAUUCAGGCUAAGAGUUCAUGAAA